GGCCACAGAAUUGUUACUCAGGGACAGACAGAAUUGUUACUGAGGGCCACAGAAACGUUAAUCAGGGACACAGAAUUGUUACUGAGGGCCACAGAACUGUUACUUAGGGCCACAGAAUUGUUACUCGCACAGACACAGAAUUGUUACUCGGGCACAGACACAGAAUUGUUACUGAGGGCCACAGAACUGUUACUUAGGGCCACAGAAUUGUUACUCGCACAGACACAGAAUUGUUACACAGGGACACAGAACUGUUACUGAGGGCCACAGAACCGUUACUUAGGGCCACAGAAUUGUUACUCGCACAGGA